GCGCUGUUGCUCUCUCUGUCCCUCUCUCUAGCGCCUCCGUUUGUGUUCGUGUUCAAUAAGCACGAGCGCAUCCACCGCGGGUAGCUUAGCCUCCGAAGCUAACCAUGGUGAACGUAAAGAAACGGAAAGGUCGGGUCGUCAUUGAUUCCGACUCAGAAGACAGCGCGAGCGAUGACAAUUUGGAUCAGGAGCUACUGAGUUUGGCCAAGAGGAAGCGUGUGGACUCGGAAGAACCGGAGGAACCCGUCAGCAAACCUGCAGCAUCUACAGACUCGGAGACGUCCGACAGCGAUGAUGAGUGGACUGUUGGAGGCACCAAAGCCAAGAAAAAGGUGAAGCCCGGUAAAGGGGCCGAAAAGAAGAACCCCACGAAGAAGAAAGUGAACAAGGCCGCUUCCUCAGGGAGCUCGGAUGGAGACAGCUCAGCCGAGAGCUCCGCCCCCGAGGAGGGCGAGGUGUCCGACUCAGAGAGCAACAGCUCCUCCUCCAGCUCGGAUUCAGACUCGUCCUCGGAGGACGAAGUGUUCCGGGACGGAUACGGAGACGAUCUGAUGGGAGACGAGGAGGACCGGGCGCGGCUGGAGCAGAUGACGGAGAAAGAGAGAGAGCAGGAGCUUUUCAACCGUAUCGAGAAGAGAGAGGUGCUCAAACGCAGGUUCGAAAUCAAGCAGAAACUAAAGACAGAAAAGAAGAAGGUUAAAGAGGAGAAGAAGAAGAAGAAGCAAGAGGAAGAGCAGGAGAAGAAAAAGCAGUCUCAGGUUACAGACACUCAGGUGGUGAUGUCCCAUAAUAAGGAGAGGAGGUCGAAGAGAGACGAGAAGCUGGACAAGAAGUCGCAGGCCAUGGAGGAGCUGAAAGCCGAGCGAGAGAAGAAGAAGAACAGAACAGCCGAGCUCCUGACCAAACGACAGCCGCUGAAGGCCAGCGACGUUUACUCCGACGACGAGGAGGAGGAAGAGGAAGACGACGAUAAGUCCUCGGUAAAGAGCGACCGCAGCUCGAGGCUGUCGUCCUCCGAUGAAGAAGAGGAGAAAGAGGCGACGCCCCCUAAGUCUCAGCCGGUUUCGUUGCCGGAGGAACUGAACCGCAUCCGACUGUCACGGCACAAACUGGAGCGCUGGUGUCACAUGCCCUUCUUCGCUAAAACGGUCACCGGCUGCUUCGUACGCAUCGGCAUCGGCAACUGCAGCAGUAAACCCGUCUACAGGGUGGCUGAGAUUGUAGAUGUGGUGGAAACGGCGAAAGUCUACCAGCUCGGCUCGACGCGAACAAACAAAGGGCUGCAGUUACGGCACGGCAACGACACCCGAGUGUUCCGGCUCGAGUUUGUGUCCAAUCAGGAAUUUACAGAGAGCGAGUUCAUGAAAUGGAAAGAAGCGAUGCACGGUGCAGGGAUGCAGAUUCCUACCCUGGACGAAAUCGCUAAAAAAGAGCAGUCCAUCAAAGAAGCCGUCAACUACAAAUUCAACGACAAAGACAUCGAGGAUAUAGUGAAAGAGAAGGACCGAUUCCGAAAGGCGCCGCCGAACUACGCCAUGAAGAAAACACAACUCCUCAAAGAAAAGGCGAUGGCGGAGGAGAGCGGCGACGGCGAUAAGGUGAAGAUGUUGCAGGAUCAGUUGAACGAGCUGGAGGAGAGAGCUGAAGCAUUAGACAGACAGAGAACUAAAAACAUUUCUGCCAUCAGUUACAUCAACCAGAGGAACCGCAGCUGGAACAUCGUGGAGUCUGAGAAGGCGUUAGUGGCUGAAGGUCAGAACUCCAAAAACCAGCAGAUGGACCCUUUCACCAGGCGGCAGUGCAAACCCACCAUGGUGUCCAACGCCAGAGAUCCGUCAGUCCACGCUGCUAUUCUCGCCCAUCUUAAUCAGAAAUAUGGUUCGGGCUCUGGCCAAGACAACACGCAGCAGGUCAACAAACAGCAGGGUCCGGCGAACCAGAGGGAUAAAGACGUCACAAAAACCACCAGCGACCUCUCAGAGGACCUGUUCAAAGUUCACGACUUCGAUGUCAAAAUCGACCUGCAGGUCCCCAGUGCUGAGACAAAGUCCCUGUCGGUGAGCUCCAACUCUCUGCCGGUGAAGGACGGAGCUCCUCGCCGCUCCCUCAACCUGGAGGACUACAAAAAGAGACGAGGCCUCAUCUGACGCUCCCGUCUUCCAGCUUCCCCUCCAUCAAACCCCUGCAUGUGUUAGUGAACUGCACCAGGGAGCCCGAGGCUGUCCUCUCCCUCUCUCUCUCUCCCUCUCUCUCUCUCUCUCUCUCUCUCUCUCUCAGUCCUUGUCCCUGUGUGUGUGUGUGUGUGUGUGUGUGUGUGAGUGUGUGAGAGAGAGUGAGUGAAUUCAAGCUUGUACACAUGUAAACCUUUGUAAGUGUGUGUGUGUGUGUGUGUGUGUGUGUGUGUGUGUGUGUGAGUGUGAGAGAGAGAGAGAGAGAGAGAGGGAGAGAGAGAAUGAGCGAGUGUGCAUGACUGUAGUGCGAGACAUCCAUCCGACGCGAGACUACAAACUACUUGUGCAGUUUGUGUGCACAAGUCUUCUGAAAAUGAAAUUAAAUACGAAAAUCCCGUGAAAUGUGGCGGCUUAUUUUGUUUUGCUUUGUAUUUUUUCCUCAUAGCCGUACUUUAUAGGAGAGAAAUCGUCCACUGGUUAAUUUAUACACAAGUAUCUGACGUUCUGUGUCUACUUUCUUACAUUUUUUUUUUUUUUUUAAAUGUCAAUAUGUUCAUCCAAAUCCUGACAAUGCUAUUUAAAUGUAAAACAUGAAUACUUGGGGGAUUUUUAUGAACCAUUUUUCUUCCUCCUGAAGGUUUUUAAUCUGACUGUGUGUGUGUGCGCGUGUGGACGCACUAUUUUUUUUUUUUUUUUUUUUGGAUUAGGUUUCAAUCCUGGUGUCUUAUAGAGAACAAAAAUAAGAGACUAAUAAUGACGUCACUCCUGUAAUGGACAAAAUCUCUUCACUUUCUUCAAUGGACAUUAUUUUUGUCCUUUUUUUUUUUUUCCUUUGUACUUCGGCGAUCUUCGUUCCACUCAGAGCUGAUUGAUAUGUGACUAUUAUUGGUUAUUGAUGAUGUCUUCUGGUCAGUUCUUGUAUUCAUGUGGCAUGCUUUGUAAAUAAGAUUUGGCCAUUUGGGAUGAGUGCGGCAACAAUAAAGAAGCACUGUUUCGUA